UUGCUCAGAGCCGCGGUGUUUUCUGCUCUCUGCGUUUGGAUUUAAUGCUGUGGGUUUGGGAGGCAUUUGGAGUGGUCGGAAAAGGAUCGUCUCAAUCGGUUCGCGACGAUUAAACUUCUGCCUCGGAAGGAGCCAACUCGAUACUCGCAUUGAAAACCUAUUUCUUUCGAACUGCUUUCUGUGUUUAGUUGUGUUGUCUUCCCCCCCCCCUUCGCACCUCCGAUUAUCACGGUUGGUUAGGCACGCUGCGAAAGAGGUUCGACGCACAUGCACAUACUGGAUGGCGUUUUAGCAUAGCGUGUUCGCAUUGACGGCACAGGACGGAUUGAACUGGAAGAAGAAAAAGAAACGGGAGCCUGCUGGCGUGCGCAGCGAGCGGUGUUCGCUUUGCGGUUUCAUCCACGCGGGGUAGAAACUUCGUUCAUUCAUAAAUAACAGAGGGAGGCAGGAAGGAACGAACCCGGAGCGAGCGAGAGAGUGAGAGAGAGAGAGAGGCGACGCUUGGACAUGGAGGCCCCGGGGUCAGGUUGGACCCAGGCGAACGCGACCUCGUUUCUCAACGCGACAGCGGUGAGCGCGAACGGAACGAACAGGACGUACGUCGACUACAACAGUGACUUCUACAUCACCUUGCCCAUCAUCUACUCCGUCAUCUGCGCCAUCGGCUUGACGGGCAACACGGCUGUGAUCUACGUCAUCCUGCGCGCCCCCAAAAUGAAGACGGUGACCAACAUGUUCAUUCUCAACCUGGCCAUCGCGGACGAGCUCUUCACCCUGGUGCUGCCCAUCAACAUCGCCAACCACCUGUUGCAGGACUGGCCCUUCGGGAAGACCAUGUGCAAGGUGAUCCUCUCGAUCGACCAGUACAACAUGUUCACGAGCAUCUACUUCCUCACCGUCAUGAGCGCCGAUCGCUUCUUCGUGGUGACGGCGACGGUCAAAUCGGAGAACUUGCCCCGCAGGACCUACAGGAACGCCAAGCUGGUGAGCCGGGGCGUGUGGCUGCUCGUGUCCGUCGUCAUCCUCCCGUUCACCAUCUUCGCCAGCACGUACGUGGACGAGUUCGACAGGAAUCACUGCAGCCUCGACUUCCCCAAGCCCGAGUUCAACUGGCUCAAGGGCAGCCGCAUCUACACCCUCGUCUUCGGCUUCGCCAUCCCCGUCUCCACCAUUUGCAUCCUCUACACCACCAUGCUGUACAAGCUGAGGAACAUGCGUCUCAACACGAAUGGCAAGGCGCUGGACAAGGCCAAGAGGAAGGUCACGAUCAUGGUGUUCAUCGUGUUGGCCGUGUGCCUCUUCUGCUGGACACCUUACCACCUGAGUACGGUGAUAGCCCUCACUGGGAAUCUACAGGAGACCCCUGUGGUGGUCGGCAUCUCCUACUUCAUCACGAGCCUCAGCUACGCCAACAGCUGCCUCAACCCGUUCCUGUACGCGUUCCUCGAUGUAAACUUUAGGAAUAACUUCCAGAAACUCCUGGAGUGUAAGGUAGCCACCUGAUUCUUUACUUCGUGAACUCGGACGUGAUAAAUGUGCAUGCAGAUUAUAUUGUAAUAUAUUAUUUUAAAAAAAUGUAGAAUCAGCCUGUGAAAUUGUUUUUCUGGGCUCGAUAUAAUACCAUGUUAAAAUGGGCUGACGCUUAAAGUUACGUUAUUUUAUGACAGUACUGAUAACGAUUUUAAAUAUCGAUCUCGCUUAUGUCGGAUUGUGUCAUGUGAGUUCAAUCCAUACAGCUGAAAAAGUACGGGCACAGUUUCCACGUCACCACGGAUAUAACAUAAAUAGUGUGCACUUGAAAAUGCUCAUUUUGUUUCAUCGUGCACUGUAUUCUCAUAUAAUGUUGAUAAAUGUAAAGAUUUUGUUUCAAUAAAUACCAAUGGCUCCAUCACAUCCCGAUUCAUAUUCAU